AUCAGCCUGAAUGCCCUAAGAAGACCAAAACGUUUUAUGCCCCCACUCUUCUCUACCACCAGCAUCUGCGUGGUCAAACUCAAAUGAAAUCCUGGCCUCCAAAACACAGCUGGCUGUGGACCCCUGUCAGCACUGUAGCUGCUUGCCUGAGGGUAGAAAUUCACUCCAGCUGUGCCCGCCCCCAUCACCACCCAACAGCCACAGCCCACCACAAAGGCUCAGGCUUGGCACUGCAACCCCUUGCUCCACCCCUGGGCCAGGUUCUUAGCAGUCCUCAGUCAGAUGCUUUAGGAGAGAGCUACAUUCCUGCUAGGUUUGUGAGAAGGUAGCUGCCCUUUCCCUAACCCCUGCCCAGGGUGGGUGGGGGUCUUGUGACCGUGUCGGCACCCCGACCCCUUCUGCAUGUCUGAGGCCACCGGUAACUGCCGCCCCUGUCCAUACUACCCCGUCCCAGUUUUGAAAGCCCCUUAUUUAUAACUUUUAUACUUUGUUCCGGCAGUGGCGCUUGUCUCCUCCCCAGCCGCAUGGGGCGGGAGCUGUUUUUAAAGUGUCCGUUUGUACUGAUGUAUGAACUUGUCAAUAAAUGCAAUCAUUUGUUAACUCUGGGGUGGCAGCAAGUGAGGCCGGCGAAAGAAAUCACUGCUUCUCGCUCCAUCCAGUGGAAAGGGGUCCAGCGGCCUGGCGAGAGCUGAGGAGUGGGGGGCGGGGCUUCGGGCGGCGGGCGUCAUGGCGGCGGCGGCUUUGGACGCUUUGCAAAGGGCGUUACGAGAGUUCCCGGCCGCGGCACGGGAGCUCAGUGUGCCUCUUGAUGUGCCUUACCUGGAUGAGCCCCCUACUCCACUCCACUUCUAUCGGGACUGGGUGUGCCCCAACAGGCCAUGCAUUAUUCGAAAUGCCCUGAAGCACUGGUCAGCUCUCCAGAAGUGGUCCCUCCCUUACUUAAGAGCCACAGUGGGUUCCACAGAGGUGAGUGUGGCUGUGACUCCAGAUGGUUAUGCAGAUGCAGUGCGAGGGGACCGCUUUGUAAUGCCUGCUGAGCGCCGCCUGCCCCUCAGCUAUGUACUGGAUGUGCUGGAGGGCCAGGCCCAACACCCAGGAGUCCUCUAUGUGCAGAAGCAGUGUUCCAACCUGCCCACUGAGCUGCCCCAACUGCUGUCUGAUCUGGAGCCUCAUGUACCCUGGGCCUCUGAGGCACUGGGAAAGAUGCCUGAUGCUGUGAACUUCUGGCUGGGGGAGGCAGCUGCAGUGACAUCCUUGCACAAGGACCACUAUGAGAACCUGUACUGUGUGGUCUCAGGGGAGAAACACUUUCUGUUACAUCCACCCAGUGACCGGCCCUUCAUCCCUUACGAACUGUACACACCUGCAACCUACCAACUAACGGAAGAGGGUACCUUUAAGAUAGUGGAUGAAGAAACCAUGGAGAAGGUGCCCUGGAUCCCACUGGACCCACUGGCUCCAGACUUGACCCAGUACCCCUGUUACAGUCAGGCACAGGCCCUUCGCUGUACUGUGCGGGCUGGUGAGCUGCUCUACCUGCCAUCUCUAUGGUUCCACCAUGUCCAGCAGUCCCAUGGCUGCAUUGCUGUGAACUUCUGGUAUGACAUGGAAUAUGACCUCAAGUACAGUUAUUUCCAGCUGCUCGACUCCCUAACUAAGGCUGUAGUCCUUGACUGAUGUACCACUGGUGAAUACUGCUAAGGACAUCUUGAGGGAGAGGUUGAGCCCCUCCUAGGCUGCUGGCUUAAUUCUAGAGACCACCUGGAGUUUAAGUACUUGUCUGCUGCUCAGGGUCCAGCUUAAUUUGGAAUCAGCCUUGGAUGAUCUUGGGAUAUGAUCUUGGGAUGUGAUUAGGAGAUGCCAGGCAGGUUUGAGUGAGCAUGCCCAGGAAGUUGCCACACAGGUGAGGAGGAGUGGGGAUCAGGUCCUAUAGCACCUUUUACCAGUGUUGAGACUCUGGGCAAGUCACCACCUGUUGGCAUUGGUGUCCUGGCUGUAAACUGGAGAUAAUAAUGGUUCUACUGCACAGGGAUGGAGAUAAUAUCUGUAAGGUCCAGCAUGGACCAGCACAAAGGAAGUGGUCAAUAAAAGGUAGCUGUGAGGGGCUGGGUAUGUGGUUCAAGUGGUAGCGUGCUCGCCUGGCAUGCAUGCGGCCUGGGU